AUGCUCCCCAACAUUCGUCUUAUGGCACGAGCCUUCCAACGGGUCUCUCCCGUUACUACCACAUCCACAUCCCGCCAGCUAAGCAACACACCCUCUGCACAAAAAUGGGAAGGACGCCAACCGGAAGAAAAUGCAACGCGUCAGAAGGAUUCGCAUAAUGUCCAGCACGAAGCGGUGAAGGAAGGCAAGGCGGAAAGAGCUGGUGUGAAGGGCGAGGAAGGGAAGAGUCGUGGGACGAGCCAGGAGGAUGGGGGAAGUGGGGAGAGAGCGAAGAAAGAGUUUCCGGAGGCGCCUGGCGCAUGA